AUGACUGCCCCCACAAUGAACACUGCAGAGCAAUACGCUCUUAUCACUCGGCGCCUCGCGGAACUCAAUGGCGCAUCAUGCGAAAGACUGAGGCAGCUUCUCUCCGAGGGCAAGUCACCCAGCUUUCUCUGGUCUCACAUUGGUUACUUCAUUCCCUUGAUCAAAUUCGCCGACUUUGUGCGUGCUGGCGGCGAGGUUGUGCUCGAAGUCGUCGACUCGUACGCCUUCCUUGUCAACUACAAGUAUCCUUGGGAUCAAGUCCGCCACCGGACGAUCUAUUACCGAUCACUUGUCACCGCCGUCCUGAACGCGAUUGGCGUCCCGAUGUCGAAGGUAACAAUGGUCGACCAGUCCUCGUACCAGGGAAACCCAAAGUACUUGCUCGACUUCUGGAAAAUGUGCACGCUGUGCUCACAGCAGGAUCUGAGGAGUACCGGUCAAGAAGUAGGCGCGGCCACGAUGCUGAGUCCGAUGCUCACUCCGCUGGUACAAGAGCUCGCGCUGGAGCAUCUUGGAGCAGACGUAGAGCUCGGAGGAACCGAUCAGCGAGGGACCUUCGACCUUGGACAGCGAUGCCUACCACAGCUUGGAUUUAAUCCGCGGGCGCAUUUUAUGAACACCUUGCUCCCCAGCCUUACAGGAGGCAAGAUGUCUUCAUCGCAUCCAGCACAUACCAAGAUCAUGUUUCUCGACAAUCCGGCGGAGGUCCGGGCCAAAAUUGCAAGCGCCUCCUGCCCGGCGAGGUCUACCCAGGACAACGGCGUGCUCCCGAUCGCAGAGCACAUCAUCUUCCCCAUAAGCGAGAUCUGGGCGUACAACUCUGGAAGGGCAUUUGAGGGUGUUCGGCCGCGGCAUUCCUACCAUCGGCGGGCUUUUGUUGCCGAUGGUGCUCCAGCUGGGACAUUGUUCAGCAUCAAAACAAGUGAAGCCUCGAAUCCCCAAGCGUACUAUCGCAACUUCUCUGCCUACCAAUACUUGGAGCGAGACUACGUGGCAGGCGCAGUCCAGCCAGAGAACCUGAAGGAAGCAGUCGCAAAGGCCCUCAACAUGCUGCUGGAAGAAAUUCGGUCAGACUACGAGCAAAGCGAGGACUGGGUCUCGUCUGAUUGGAUUGGCUACCCUGAAGACUGGUCCGGCCCUCGAGAUCGGCGAUGA